CGCAAAAUUACAGUAUAAUACCAUAAUAUCAUAUGAUUAGGAGGUAUGUGUGUACGGUUUUGUUAUUAUUAUUGGAAGAAACGUGGUCGGCGCUAGACGGAACACGCGCGAACGACAAAUCAUUAUAAUAUAAUGCACAUUACACCAUCGCAUUGUUAUUGCACGGUAUUUCUGUAUCAAUGUAUAAUAUAUAAAUAGUACAUAUUAUAUUAUCGCGUGGAUAGUCGGUGUGUAGCACGCCGAUGUCGAAGAUAUUGUAGUUGUAGUCUGAGAAUACGACAAUCACACGUGCGGACCAAAAUUAACGAAAUAGACGCGAUGAGACGGUUUUUUAAAAAAGAUUUAAUAGCAAUUAGCAUGUGCUUUUUGUGGUGCUGUACCGUCACAUUAACUUGGAAACUAAACAUGCAAUCACCGAAAUGGGUACAUCAGAUAUCUAAUGAUAAUUUGACUGGCAUACCAAAAUCUGUUAUACGGCUUCAAGAUAAAUUUUUAUAUCCAACAAGGCUUUUAUUGCAAAACAUGUUCAGCUCACAGCAUCAAAUAGACAAAUCUCGGAUGUUAAAGAAAACACAAGAGAAAGUACUGAAAUCAUCCAAUUUUUUUUGUAAUACCAAUGGCACUAGAUCUGAAACUCGACCAACUUCUGCACAUGAACUAAGACCAGGUGACAUAGAUAUAAUCGGCAGUGUCGGAGAUUCUUUGACAGUUGGGACGGGAAGCUUUUCGUAUUUUUUACCACAGUUAGUCGUCGAUCAUCGUGGAACAUCUUGGACAGCAGGCGGAAAAGGUACAUGGAGAGAAUUUUUAACUUUACCAAAUAUCUUAAAAGUCUUUAAUCCUAAAUUAAUUGGCUAUGCGUAUGGCGAUGCACUGGCUGAACAGCGUUUUUCUCAAUUUAACGUAGCUGAAGUUGGUGCCCUUAGUAGGGAUUUGCCAUUCAUGACAAGAGAACUGGUGAAAAGAAUCAAAAUGGAUAAAAGGAUUAAUAUAACUGAAGAUUGGAAGUUAGUAUCAAUGAUGAUGAGUUCUAAUACAUUUUGCUUAGAAUUAUGUUACGAAGAUUAUUCCAUGUAUGCUGAAAAACAUAGACAAGACGUUCUAACGGCAUUACUAUACAUAAAAGAAAAUCUGCCACGGACAAUAGUCAACUUAAUUUUAAGUCCAAAUUUGGAAAUUCUACUUAAUUUCACAAAUUUGCCAAGCAUUUGUUUCUUCACUCACAUCCUAGAGUGUCCAUGUUUGUAUUCCACACAGUACAAACAUAAAUUGUCAGAUUAUAUAAAAGUAAUGAAACAGUUUCAAGAAGUCGAGAAAAAAAUAGUGGAAAAUGAAGAACUAAGGAAUGAAGAUGAUUUUACUGUUGUUCUCCAACCGUUUACAGAACAUUUGAUUUUCCCAUUAAAUCGGCUUAAUACUACAGAUAUAACGUAUCUGUCCAGCGAUUGUUUUCAUUUUAGUCAGAAAGGUUAUGCCCGAGCUGCAAACGCAUUAUGGAACAAUAUGAUGGAACCAGUUGGCCUUAAAUCAACAGACUGGUCUAAAGAAUUUGAUCGAUUUAUUUGUCCAACAAAUGAGUCUCCGUAUAUUAAAACAUGGAAAAAUAGCAUAUAAUGAUUGAUUCAAACAUCCAAGUACGUUAUUACUUAACGAAACUUAAAUAUCUUUGAAAUGUUUUACAGAGAUUUUGUAUAAUAUUCUCUCCUACAUGUAUUAUGUACAUAAAUGUAUAAAAUAGUGCUAAUACGUUUUAGUAUUUGUCUAUGUAUUUCCAAAUUUUGUUAUUUAUUAUUUUUAUUAGUUUUCAUCAAUAAGACA